AUGCGGUUCUUCAAUUCGUUUGCACCACUGACUCCAAAUACCAUUAAUUCACACAUCAUGAUGCAUCAUGACUUCAGCACUCUUUGCAUUCCUUGCACCAAGUCGGGGUGCAACCGUUGGUUUAAGAAUCGGUCGGGGCAUACACAGCAUAUGAAUGCAGUGCACCCCAUGUUUUCAAAGCCAUCCGCAUCAAUUCAGCCUCAUGCCCAUUCACCCGGCCCUGUGCCCCCCCCCCCCCCCCCCCCCAAUAUUGUACUAGAUUCUGGUGAUGCCAUGGAUUUCGGUGACAAUGAAGAUCCUCUGCAACCAGCAGCUGAAUUUGUUGGCACUGGCAGCCAGUUGUAUAGAAAUUACCAUCCCUUCUUGUCUGGUGAGUAUUUUCUCGCCUGUGAUGAUGAGGGCAACUUCCUUGCACCAGGUACUCCACCUCAACCUCUCUCAGACAAGGCACCGGAUGACUGGAGUCCCUAUGGGAGCCAUGUCAAGUUUGAACUUGCCAACUACUUAUUUACGAAGAACCAGACCCUGGCACAUUCAAUCAAUCAAUUGCUGAACAUCUGGGCAGCUUCUUUAAUCCAAGCUGGUUGCAAGGCACCUCCAUUUGCAGAUUACUGUGACGUGUACAAGACAAUUGACAACACUCCUCUUGGCGAGGUUAAAUGGCAAUCAUUUUCAGUCAAGUUUACAGGUGCGAUUCCAGACGAGGGUGCUGCGCCCUGGAUGACAGAUAGCCAUGAUGUUUGGUUUCAUGAUCCCUGCGACGUUGUUCAAAAUAUGCUGUCCAACCCAGACUAUGCUACUGAGAUUGAUCUCCAGCCAUACCAUGAGUUUGCAACAGAGAAUGACGAGCACCAGUGGCAGGACUUCAUGUCCAGAGAUUGGGCUUGGUCUCAAGCAGACAAGAUUGCUGAGGAUGCUGAGACUCAUGGCUCAACAUUUGUGCCCAUCAUUCUUGGAAGUGACAAAACAACUGUUUCGGUUGCAACGGGGCAAAAUGACUACUAUCCUCUCUACGUGUCUAUCGGAAAUGUUCAGAAUAAUGUCCGACAUGCUCACCGUAAUGCAGUUGUUGUCAUAGGGUUUCUUGCAAUGCCUAAAACUACCAAACAGCAUGCCGAAACAGCAAGCUUCCGCAAUUUCCAGCGUCAAAUUUUUCAUUCCUCGCUCUCAUUUAUCCUCAAGAACUUAAAACCUGGCAUGAUCAAGCCCGAGGUCAUGCAUUUUGGUGAUGGGCACUAUCGUCGUGUAAUGUAUGGACUUGGACCUUACAUCACAGAUUACGAAGAACAAGUAUUGCUCGCCUGUAUAGUGCGAAACUGGUGUGCUAAAUGUCUUUUGCGUCACGGCAACCUUGAUGAAAUUAAUCUCUGCCGCUCAAGACUUCACACAGAUGCACUUAUUGAGGAGUGUGACCAUGCAACACUGUGGGACAAACAUGGCAUAGUUGGGGAGCUCGUGCCAUUUAUGAACGAUUUCCCCUGCGCUGAUAUCCACGAGCUGCUCGCACCGGAUAUUCUCCAUCAAAUUAUCAAGGGGGCAUAUAAAGAUCAUUUGGUUGAUUGGGUUGAAAAAUACAUCCACCGAACACACAGAAAGUCGCAAGCUAACAUAAUUCUAGAUGAUAUUGACCAAAGGAUUGCAACUGAUCCUUCAUUUCCGGGACAGUGUAGAUUUCCCCAAGGCUGCCACUUCAAACAGUGGACAGGUGAUGAUUUGAAGGCCCUCAUGAAGGUAUAUAUGCCAGCAAUCAAAGGCUAUGUCCCUACAGAUGUUGUGUGCACGUUCCAUGCAUUUCUCGAAUUCUGUUAUCUCAUCCGCCGCAACAUAAUCACGGAGACAUCGCUCAAUGAAAUUCAAGAUGCACUCACUCGUUUUCACAGAUAUUGUGAGAUUUUCAAGACUACAGGUGCCCACCUUAUUCGAUUGUUUGGUGCUCCAAAUGGCCUGUGCUCCUCAAUCACUGAGUCAAAGCAUAUUAAGGCCGUCAAGGAGCCUUGGAGGCGGUCCAGCCGAUAUGAAGCACUGGGUCAGAUGCUGCAAAUCAACCAGCGGCUGGACAAGUUGGCAGCAUUGCGCAUAGAUUUCCGCAGUCGCAGAAUGCUCUCAGGUACAUGUUUGUCGGCCGUUCUCGCAACACUUGAACCAAUGGAUGAACAGCCUGUUGCACCCGCCAGUGCAGAGCAUGCUGUGGACCAAUAUGAGCCACCUAGCCUGAUAGAGUCAGCCAGUAUACUCGACGCAGAUGUCAGCGCCGACUCUGAGGACAUUGAUGAGCCAACUUCAGUCCUUGCACAUGUACAACUUGCUCGAAGAUCUCAAGGAAAAAAGCGCUCACAAAGUGUUCCCACCCUAGCUGACGAGCUCAACAUCCCAAACAUGACAGAUCUCGUUCAACAAUUCCUUGUUGAGCAGCUUUAUCCCGAUAACGAUGCUGCAGAAGCCCCAUUUAUGGAGUGCCUUCAUUAUGAAGGAAGGAUCCGAAUUUUCAACUCUGUGGUAUCGACGUUCUUCACACCUAGUGAUUUGAGCGGAAUUGGGGGGAUGAAAUGGGAACACAUUCAUGCAUCCCCAAAAUGGAGAAGCGGGUAUGCACGCAAAGACUAUGCUCAGGGUAUGCGGGGCAUGGACAUUGCUCAGGUACUGACAUUUUUUUCUUUUCGGCUGAGGGGCAGAUAUUAUCCAUGUGCUGUUACUGGAAUGUGGAUGGUGAAGCCAUCUUCUAUCGGUAAUUGUAGGCACUUUGCAGUGAUCCACAUUGACUCCAUUUUUUGUUCUGCUCACCUUAUUCCUGUCUAUGGUACUGAACCACUCCCCUCAACGAUUAAAUCUCACCACGUCCUUGAUGUAUUUACACUCUUCUAUGUCAACAGAUACACUGAUCAUCACGCCUUCGAAAUAGCUUCUUAG